GCAGUUCGAAUAUUUUUUGUCACCAUCUUAGAUUCAGCAAGCAUUCCACAAGACGCCAAAAUGCCUUCCAAAUACUCAAAGGCAGUGUCAAAGAUACCGGCUACGAUUCCAGACACGAGACCCUUGCCCCGAAUCCUCUGUCUGCACGGCGGUGGUGUCAACGCUGCAAUCUUCGAACGACAAUCACGCUCGCUCAUUCGCCAUCUCCAACACUCCUUCCGCCUCGUAUGGGCCGACGCUCCCUUCUUUUGCGACCCGCAUCCAGACGUCGUCGAUGUUUACAGUGAUUACGCUCCCUUCCGACGCUGGUUGCGAUGGCUCGACGAACACCAUGAACUUGACGAAUGGGCUGUCAUUGAUGAGAUCGGCUACUCAAUGCGAACAGCCAUGGAGGACGACGACCGAGCCGGAGGGAGAGGAGAAUGGGUGGGCCUAAUGGGUUUCAGUCAAGGAGCCAAGCUUACAGCUAGUUUGCUCCUUGAACAACAAGCAAGAGAAAAAUACGCGGACAUGGAAGGCACAGAGGUCCCUACAGGCAUCACCGGAAUACCAGGGCUGAACUGGAGAUUUGGUAUAUUAUUGGCUGGAAGGGCACCGCCUAUCAACCUCAACCCUGAUAUCAUUAGGAGUGAAGCGCUGGUGAGGGCGGGAGGUAUUUCAGAAGGCUUUGAGUUCUGCAACGAGGGCGUUGAUGAGGAUGCCACACUUCGCAUACCUACUCUCCAUGUCCACGGCAUGAAAGACCCCGGUCUGGCUCUACACCGUAUUCUUCUUAACGAGUAUACCGCACCUGGUACUGCCAAGCUAGUGGAAUGGGGAGGUCCGCAUCGCAUACCGCUUAAGAGCUCAGAUAUUGAGAAUGUCGCUGGUGCGAUAUACGACCUCGCUUCCAGUACUGGAGUCAAGGUAUUCAGGACUGUGUAAAGCACUGAGUCUUAUAUAGGUUUCUAGUUCCGAUUUUCGGUCGCUUCUAUUUACUAUUCGGAGUUCGUGUGGCACAUUUGGAGAUUUCAGUCGUAUUUUAGAGGGCGUUGGAGAUACGGACGCGCGACUGUGCGCAAAGUUUGCUUUUUCUCUAUGCGUCGUUGUGACUUUGCUAUGCUACACUGUAGUUUAGAUUGUUAUCCUAAAUUCCCACCCUUUCAGGCCUGC